AGGUAGAAUUACGUUAUGUGGGUUUCUUAAUUGGUUAUUACGAUAAGCGAUCCGAGUUUAUUUAUAUAUCCGAGUUUAAUAUUCAAGGAUAGGUAUUGUACGACUCGAGGUCUCGGCUAUCUCGAGGUUGACAUAAAGUUUUCACUAGAUUAUUAGCACACCGCUAAUGCCCUGACUAGCUUAAGUACCUACCUAUAACUAUAAUGGUAAGGGUUUUAUCCCGCCAGUGCUUUCUGGCAAACGGGUUGACCGCUCGUCCCGCAUUACAUACGACUUCAACGAUCGGCUGCUUGUCGAAGUGAUCUGGCAAGGUUCAACUACUCAAAUACGCACGCGCAUCAAGUAAACUGUCCGACGGAUACCAAAUCAUACAAAACCUUGGGUUAGGCCAAUGGCUACGCAAGCCGAACCUCAGUCCUUCCAGGACCGCGCAUUUUUCCCUUCCUUUCGCGACUGCCCGCUAGAGCACGCCUGGGACGACCGGUAUCUUGUCGAGUAUGGCGAAACCGCUGGUGUAAACCGCAAACACUGGUGCCUCUUAGGAGAUAUUAUCCAGGCCGACACUAUGAUCCGCCCGCGUAUCGUAGCAAAGGAUCACAAGGGUGAUCGGUUUGUUGUCGCAUUCUACCCCGACGAUCCAGACGAUAUGCCCCGUCUACUAAAGGACUUCAAGGUGGGCAAUACCAUUGCUAUCUUCUACCCGUUAGUUCACCGAUUCCUCGACGGAAGCGUCGGCGUGAGAAUCGAAGACUCCGACGAGGUUCUAAUCAUUCCUCUCGGGUUCAAAGACGUCAUCAAGAUGAACGAACAGGUCCUCAAGUACACGGUCGCGGAAGGAACCCAACGGAAAUGCCACGGUUGCGAUGACGUAAAGGUGAAUGUCAACGCCUGCGCAAGAUGUACGCUCUUCUACUACUGCAACAGGGACUGCCAAGCGAAGGCGUGGAGCGAGAAAGAGCAUAAGAAAUUCUGCAAGACGCUCAGCCGAAAGGAUAUCAAACUCAUGCACUUUCUAAAAUACGAAACCUACGACGGGUCUAUUUCCUUUAAGUAAACCGUAGCAGGUCGAUGCGUAGAGUACUAGCUUCCUGGUCUCGUGUUUGCUAUUAACAGCCCACUUAACUUCCAAACGAGAAGAUCAUAUUCUGCAGAACGAUGGAAGAUUUGAGUCUUGUUUCUCCAGUACUGACGUGGAAGUACUCCUAAAGACGGAUAGCUAGCGACAAUCCCGGUCAACGUAUAGCCCAUUUGCAGCAUUUGCUCGUUUUUACAAGUAGACAUACGAUAUGGUAAGUAUUAGUAAAGAUCGACCUUUUGUAAGGGCGCGCAGAUCAAAAAGUAUGGUGAUUUUAUCUAUUUUCCUUCUUAGCACAGGGGAUACCCUCCUCAUAUACGACUGCUGCCUAGCGACUUCUUCUGAUGUCGCUAUUAUCUUUUGACGUUUGGUGACCAAGGUCUUACGGCCGAGGGGAGUUCAAGUAGACCAGUAAUCCCUCGUUAUUCACUAACCUGUAUUCUAAAAGCUAUCUCGUAGUUAACGCUGUCAUUGAAAUGAAGACCUUGUCACUUUAAAGAUGGACAAAAUUAUGGUAUAUCACUG